GCGGAGACAGGUCGCCAUGGUUACCGCAUUGACGGUCUGCACCAGAGGGGGGAAGAUGGUCAUGUGCUGAGGCAAAAUGGCGGCAUGGAGAGCGGAGGAUGUAGUUUGAUCCCAUCCCUGGCACUGAAGAGACGAUUAGGGUGUCUUUAAGCACAUGAGGCGGAUGACGGGCAUUGGCGUUUAUGAGUCACUGACUGGACAUUGAGAAGCUGCGAACGGAGAGAUUCAGAUUCCCAGCAAUGAUGGCUCUAAGUGUGUUUGAAAAUGAUGAAUAUAAGCCUCCAGUUUGGAAAUCUUACUUGUAUCAGUUACAACAGGAAGCUCCUAAUCCAAGGAGGAUUACAUGCACAUGUGAGGUGGAAAACAGACCCAAGUACUAUGGAAGAGAGUUUCAUGGAAUGAUUUCACGAGAAGCAACCGAUCAUCUGCUAAGUGUAGCAGAGGGAAGUUACAUUAUUCGGGAAAGCCAGCGUCAACCUGGUACCUAUACCUUGGCACUGCGCUUUGGGACUCAGACCCGAAAUUUUCGUCUUUAUUAUGAUGGGAAACACUUUGUGGGAGAGAAACGGUUUGAGUCGAUUCAUGACCUGGUAACAGACGGUUUGAUUACAUUGUACAUCGAGACAAAAGCAGCAGAAUAUAUAGCCAAGAUGACAAUUAAUCCAAUAUAUGAGCACAUUGGCUAUACAACUUUAAACCGUGAGCCAACAAGCACAAAAUGUCUUCCGGACCUCGGAGAUGUUGAAGCAGAACCCCAAUCUGCCAAAGAGGAUGACACACCAGAAGAAAGGCUGUCUUCACUCGUUCGAAGAGCCACACUUAAGGAAAGUGAACGAAUUCCCAAAUAUGAAAAAGUACAUAAUUUUAAGGUUCACACAUUCCGAGGGCCUCACUGGUGUGAAUACUGUGCCAAUUUUAUGUGGGGCUUGAUUGCUCAGGGUGUGAAAUGUGCAGAUUGUGGCUUGAAUGUUCACAAACAGUGUUCCAAGAUGGUUCCACAUGAUUGCAAGCCUGAUCUGAAACAUGUGAAAAAAGUCUAUAGCUGUGACCUGACAACACUGGUUAAAGCACAUAAUUCAAAGAGGCCAAUGGUAGUGGAUAUGUGCAUCCGAGAAAUUGAAAGCAGAGGUUUAAUGUCUGAGGGUUUAUACAGAGUAUCGGGAUUUAGUGAUCUAAUUGAAGAUGUCAAGCUGGCAUUUGACAGAGAUGGUGAGAAAGCAGACAUUUCUGUGAAUAUUUAUGAAGAUAUAAAUAUUAUCACUGGUGCACUUAAACUUUACUUCAGAGAUUUGCCUAUUCCACUUAUCACAUAUGAUGCAUAUCCAAAAUUUAUUGAAGCUGCUCAGAUUCCAGAUCCUGAUGCACGAUUAGAGUCAAUUCAUGAAGCAUUAAAAAUGUUGCCACCUGCACACUGUGAAACUCUAAGAUACCUUAUGGCUCAUUUAAAGAAGGUUACUCGACAUGAGAAGGAUAACCUGAUGAAUGCAGAGAAUCUUGGGAUUGUCUUUGGACCAACUCUAAUGCGAGCCCCAGAACAGGAUCCCAUGGCAGCCUUAAAUGACAUACGUUAUCAAAGACAAUUAGUAGAGAUGCUCAUCCAAAAUGAAGAUGUUUUAUUUUGAACUCGUAGAGAGGGCAUUUUUAAACAAUCACAGGAAAAAUGCAUUAGAUUAUUUUAUUGUGGUAGUUGUUUCAGUGAGCAGGUCAAAAUGACAGCAAUCCUUUGUACUUUUUUUAUAGUAGCUUGGGCAUAAUUUUGAAUACUAAAACUGCUGGAUUCUAUAAUGAGAGUUAAAUUUAUGACUUGCAUGAUUUGAUCCUCAUUUUUGUCAUCAUUUUCAGUGGAGCAUCAGGAGUUAGUUUUUUUUUAAUAGUAUUAAAUGAGCUUGCAUGUUUGUGAGUUGUGUUUGUGUAUUUGUUAAAUGAUCCAACUACACUUGUAGUUGAUAAUUCUAGACUAGGAAUGACUAUAAUCACAGGAUUUCAGAAUAUUAUAUAAAAGCUAUUACAAUCAGUGAUACUUGCCACUGUAUAUUUCAGUCCUUUGAACCUUGGUAUACUUUGUCAUAAUUGUGUAAAUUUUACUUGUAGAUUUCUUCUGAAGCAAAUUGUUUUGUAUAAUAUUUCUGUACAACCCACGUGAUCAGUAUGAAAUAUCAUCAGGUGGUUGUUUCAUUUGAAACAAAGAUUUUACUUUUAUUUUUUACAUUAAUUUAUUAAAAUUUACAUCACUGUAUUUUUAUGAACAAGCAUAAUCGAUAAAUAUUCAGUGAUACUCUUAGCAUUUAGUAAUAUUCCUGAAUGGUUACUUAAUUGUAAUGAGUUCAUAGUCAGUAUAAAGUAAUGGUCUAAAACCAAUAUUGUUGGCAGUUGGAAAUUAUUGAAGAACUUGUCCUUGAAUAUUCAAAAUGCAUUUAUAACUUGCAGGUAAAAUCAAGGGCGCACCAACUUCUGAGUACAGUGUUAGUCUGAGUGGAUGAAUAAUGCUUAUACAUAAUAUUAUCCAUUGAAUUACAUUAAAUGUUUAAAAUCGGUUUGCAAUUUCAGAAGUUUAUGUCCUUUUUAAGAACUUAUUUGACAUAGUCAGUUCAAGAUGGUAUAAGUUCUUUUAAGUAAAUGCUUCCUUUUAGACUAGGAUUUAAUCCUUUAGUUAUUUUUACUCCACAUUCCCUUAUGCAUUCAGUUUGAAUAAGAAAUAAUAUGAAUCGAAUACUUAAACAAGAAAAAGAUUUCUUUGAGUUCAGACGUGACAGAAUUGGUAAACAUUCAAUAAAAUGAAGCGGAGACUAUUUGAGACUACAGCUAUCAUUUGUCAAUACCAAUAUCACAGAAACCCCUCAUGUAGUCUUUACAGUUUGGCUUGUAUUUUAGAAUGAAGCAAUGCGAAAUUACAAAUAGGCAUUAUUGUUUUGAAAGUGGAAAAUAGUUACAUAUAUUGGCUGAAGGAAUCUUGUAAAAUGGUCUGAAUUUUCCUGAGAUGCCAUAAGGAAGUGCUAAACUUCCUAUGAUAUUUGGUGGUUUCCUGACUGCGCUUCAGCAUUAGAUUCUCCAAGUCAGAGCAUUAAUUUACUUUAGUUUCCCAGAAGUUAUGAUAUAAAUAAGUAAGCUGAAUUUGCACCAGGUUGGACCAGGCAUGUAUCUUGCAACUCCAUUCAUUGCAACAGUCAUGGAUGGCCUCUCAAGAGAGAUGUAAGUUUCAGUUAAUUACCUUUUUUAAUCAACUGGGUUUGUUUAAAUAUAUUUAAUAAUUUUCUGAUAUUAUUAACCUUAAUUUUAUUUCUGAUGAAAUGUUAAAAUUUUUAUUUUAUUAUUAAUUGUAACAGGUUUUUUAGUGGUUUGUGUAUGUCAGAGACAUUCUAAUAGACUUGAGCAUAAGGUGAUUUAAAAUCUAAAUUGUCAAGAGUUUUUUUUGGUAGAUAAGGCAUGCUUAUGCUUUAUUAUUUGCAGUCAGGAGAUCCUGCAUUGUCAUGAGCAAAGUUGCUGCUUAAAGGCCCACAUAAGGUAAGUUGGGACCUAGCAUACAAGGAUAGGUGAAUGCGCAGUCCUUGCCUCUCCCAGGAAAUUCUAGACUGAUUUAUAUUUCUCAGGGUGCUCAUUUUCAGGCUUAACUGUUUGGUUCAAAGAUUUGUUUAUCAUUUCUGAAGUAUAUGCCCAAUUGGCAGUUGGAUUGUAAAAGCAAAAACUGUUUCUAUCCCAUUAAUGGUUAGGAUUCAUACUUAACAUUUUUACAUCUGUAUCUUCAAAGGACUUUAAUACCUCCCAGGCAAUAUCUAUAUAAGCACUCAAAGAGUUAGGGACAUAUUAAACUCUGUAUGAAAUAUCUUGCAAGACAAAUCAAAGAUUAGUUUCAAGUAUCUGUUAUUGAAGAUCAGGGUAGGAAAAAUAUCUUUAUCAUUUUUGAUUGGCCACAAGAGCAGAAUAUUGAGCAGGUUGCAAAAUUAUAUUGAGGGAAACUACUAGGAGAGUAACAACAGUAGUAUAACUUCAAAAAUGGUUCCAGCAAGAUAGUUAUACAAGUUAUAACUCUAGAGAGCUAUUAGAUUUUACUUUUAGUAAAUAUUUUAGUUAUUUUGUUAAAGAUAAGUUAAUUUUCAUCAACUAAUGAUGGAAUAUACACAGGCCUUAUUGAGCCAGUGUUAUAACUAGAAUUGUUUGUGGUCCAUGGUUUGCAGUUGCUGAUCUUGUGCAAUUAUUUAUAAUGGUAAAUGAUUCUGAACUGUAAUAAAUAAAAGCAGAUGAAGUGUUAAUGCAUAGUAUGUUAACUAAUGUUCCUCAUGGGACUAUUUGAAAACAUGCCCCUUUGUAACUUAGAAGUAUUUUUUUAAAAACUGAUAUCUGAGUGCAAAUACCUUUGAAUGGUGUAUCUUCUGAUGUGCUGUUCAAAGGAAGACUGAAAUGGCCUUGAGUUAUGUGUUAACGGACAGUGUAUACUGGCUAACAGCAAAGAUUUGUUUGUGUUUUGAUUACUCUUUCUUAAUAGGUAUGAUUGGACCAGAUGUGAAAUGUUGCCAUUGCCAGCUUCAAGCUGAAUUUAACCCAUAAUGUCUCCGUAAUUACAACUAGUAUUCCCAUGGCAAAAUAUUAAGAGUUUAUCAAUUAAAUCAUGAUUCUCUUAAAGGGAGUUUGCCUAUAGUUUAGCGAUACUUGUAUGCCUCAGCUGCUUUUGUUCCAUUGGGAUGAAGGUGAGCAAGAGUCACCUGGAAACAAACAAUUUUGUCUCUCACACAUUUUAUGGAUCUAGUCACAACUUAUUUAUUUUUAUGAAUUAUAUUUAAUCAAAACAGAUCCACGUGUGACACUUGUGCCAGAACAUAGAUGCAAACUAUAGAUUUUCAAAGGAAUUCCUAAUGGUAAAUAAUAUCCUGUCUGUAAGGAUGGGAAUGUUUUGCACUCCAGUGUGCAUUGCUGCUGCUCAGUUGAAGCACUGCAUCAUUAUGAUCAGGAGAUCGAAUUUACUUCAAAUAGGGAAAGCAGGUGGUGGGUAUCAGGAUAAUUGCCCCGGUAAGGUCCAAAAACCCACCAAGAGUGAGGUAAUUUAUUUGGUUUAGAAAGAAGUUACAUAUAUGUACUAUAGCUACAGUAAGUGCUCCUGAAAUGUGUAAACAUCGAAAACAGUUUAAACUACUUUUGGUUACACAAUUGUUGGUGUUGAAGUGAACAGAAUUACAUAGUUUUAUAAUAAAGGUAUUAUAGAUUAUAAUGCCCAAAAUAUUAUUUGCCGCUAAGCUAAAGCUUCAUUUAAGUAGCCUGGUUCCAUUGAAACAAUUAAACUUUUGAGCUUUGUGUAAAUAUUAUUUGUUGGUGGAUCAGAAAAUUUUGCAGAUCUGAAAAUACCCAUCAAUUUUGAUUGCAGCUGAAAACCAACCAGCAUUUGAAAAUAUUUUUGUCACUGUAAAAUAGUGCAAUCUGAAGUGUGAAAUCUGCAUGUGUUGAAGUGCCAUCUUUAAUAUAUCAAUGGAUAGAAAUAUAUAUAACAAUGACAGUUGUUUGCAAUUAUAUCUGUGAGUUUGUGUUUUCCUUAAGAAGUGAAGUAUCAUUGUGAACUGCUUGACUGCCAAAAUAAAUUUGGACUAUCAC